CUCAUGACUUUCGAGUUACUAUUAUGAAGCUCACAGAAGAACGCCUGUCCUUCAUAAAAGGACGUUUUCCCAGAGAAAUUGGUCAACAUCGACUAUGACAACCCACGCUUUGCUGCAAGCUUUCAAGGCCACUAAACCUGCUUUUGGCGCCUGGAUAACUCUUCCAGGAGCAAUCAAUGCCCGGACUGUCGCCCAAGCAAGCCCACAUCUUUCGUGGGUGAUCAUUGAUUGCGAGCACGGCUUGACAUCGCUUCAGCCUGGUGCGGCUGAGUCCAUCCAGGCGAUUACGGGUUUAGGCGCCAAUGCGCCUAGUCCUCUCGUCAGAAUUCCAGCAACAGGUUUCAGUCAGAGUACUUCGUGGCAAAUUAAAUAUGCCUUGGAUGCUGGAGCCAGGGGGGUGCUAGUCCCAAUGGUAUCAACAGGUGAAAAAGCUAAAGAGGUGGUUUCUGACAGUCGUUUCCCGCCCGGUGGAAGACGUGGAUUCGGCAGUCCCUUUACUCACGGACAUUGGGGCAUCACAGCUGCGGAAUAUCUCAAAUCCGCCAACGAGAAUCUCAUCAUCAUGAUACAGAUCGAAACGAAGGAAGGUGUAGAUAAUGUACACGAGAUUGCUGCUGUGGAUGGAAUUGAUGUACUCUUUAUUGGGCCAUAUGAUCUGUCUCUCUGUCUCGGAUACCCACCCCCAUCUCCCGACCCUCACCCAGAAGUCGAAAAAGUUAUCCAAGGCAUCCUCAAAGCAGCUCACUCCAAGGGAAAGAAAUGUGCUAUUUACUGCACAUCUGGGUUACAGUCUCACAAGCGGGCCCAAGAAGGCUUUGAUAUGAUCAACGUCACGUCUGAUUCUGGUGCUAUGGCUGAGUCCUUGGCAAACAAUUUAUCUGAUGCGGUUGGUGGGCAGUCGCAGUCGGGGUUCAGAUACUAGAAGAAUGACACUCAUACUGAAGUGUAUUGGGGGUGAAGCCAAAUGAUGUACGAAAGGGAAAGAGUCUGUCAGUAGUCUGAAGGAUUGUAAGAAAUAAAAAUAAGCAUCUCAUGCCGAUCAAUGUUACGCUGUUUGACAGUACAGUAUGUUUCAAUUAGUGACUUCGAGCCCGACAGUCCUGUGCAAAAUGGACAACAAUUAGCCUACACUAUCAUGAAUACGAAAUGAAAUAAGAUUCUGAGUAUUAACAUUCGUACGUGGAUGAAAAUAAAUCAUGAUUCUUCGUAAAAACGGAAGCAACGUCAGAUUAUCCCAUCAACUCGUCCUGGCCAUUCGAGUCAAAGUCGAAAUUCAGAAGUGCAGGUCCAGCAACAGUAACAUCGUCACCCGCGCUGGUGCUAUCAUUGACAAUGACCGCAAACGCAACACCCUGCAGCUGCGCCGGAAUAGUCACCUGCUUCGUACUGGGAUCAAAAGGCAAGAUGGUGGCGUUAAGACCUUGUAUAAAUGCGACAUAGAGGGUCUCGGAGCUCGUAUUGUUCGCCGUGAAUGACAUCUGGACCGUCUGACCCGGUUGUGCAGUCGAUGGGAAAGUGAGCGAGGGGAAGCGUGUGACCGGUAUGUCCAUGUUCGUCGAAGGACAAGAGACGAUCACCGGAGAGGCAAGCGUCCACACUUGAUUCAGAUCAAGAGGUGUACUAAACGCAAUGCUCCAAGGGUUAGCUUUAUAUAUAGCAGAAUUUAUCCAUGCAGAUUGACUUGCUUCGACCGCUAAGGUGACGGAAGCUGCAGCAACGAGAUCCUCGUUGUUUCCUAACAGUCGAGGAACGCUUGACCAAGCAGUCGUCCCUAAGGUCUCAACCGUAUAACUAAAGGCUACAAAAGAGUCCACGUCUGUAUCCGGAAAGUUGUACGUGCAAGGCUUCACAGCCUCGUCCCCAAUGAUAUUGGCAAAUGUGUUAACGUGGUCCACUUCAUGCUCAGCAAUCUCAAGCCACCGUCCACGCGCCCACGCAGGAUAUCCAGCGUCCAAAAAGUCUUGCUGAGAGUAUUUUUGGAGUCCCUGGGUGUAAAAUACAUUCUCGAGCUGUUCCAACCUCAGAGCAAAAUUCAAGAUCUGCGUCACAUUAAGAGUAGUACUUGAAGAAUUAGAAGCAACACUUCGCUUUACGGGCACAGCCCGAGCAGCGUCAUCGAUUAAAGCAAUAGUCAUGAAAGCGAGAGCAAUAGAAAAAAUCAUGUUCAAAAGUAAUGUAUGUUGAAUUCGAAAGGAGAACUAAAAGU